UCUGGGACGACGCCGAGAAUCCACCAUGCACUUUGGUCUUUGGAUCUUUCGUGCAGUCAACCGGCCCAGCAAUCAUUAUGCCAAGGUUAAAACUCGCUUUACCGUCUGCCUUGUUCACUUUUCUUAAUUGGAAAGGAAUCAAUCACGCGCAGACGCGGAGAGGAAAUGAUGGUGAAGACGCCGAGAAAUCUCCACGCCAUUUCCCCUCCGCGUGAAGGUGCAGCAGCCGAGAAGGAUCCGGGCAAUUUGAUCUCGGAUCUGGAGGACGCAAGUGGCCAGUCCCGUUCCAUUUUAAGAGAGGGAGAGGAGGCAGAGAGGGGACACAAUCCGAUCAGAGUAAAAGAAGAAAUCGAUGGCCGGCGCUCUGGCUUCAUGUGUUUCUCGUGCAGGUCCAGUCGCAUGCGGCUGGACGCAUUACGAUGUGUUUUUGAGCUUUCCAGGAGGCUCCAACGCUACUCCUGAGUCCUUCCCCGGUCGCCUCCAUGCCUGCCUCGCCGCCGCCGGAGUCUCUGUAUGUGGACCCAACGAAAGCCAGGCGGUCGGCUCAUCAUCGCAACUUCCCGACGCAGCCGUUUGGCGGUCCAAGAUCUGCAUCCCGAUCCUCUCGGAAGACUACCCGUCCAGCGAUUGGUGCCUCCGUGGGCUCGUCCAGAUGAUGGAGGGCAACAGAAGCGCACGGCAGAUGGUGUUGCCCAUUUUCAACCGAGUGGAGCCCUCGCACUUGCGAUACUUGACCGGAAGUUUUCGAAAGAUCCGCCUUUCUGAUUCGGAGGGAGUGCAGAGAGCAAUUGAAGACGUGAGCAUGUUGCAGGGAUGGAAGGUCACUGACGGAUGCGAGGAAGAACUAGCGAAGACAGUAGUCCAAACUGUUCGGAGAUACUUACAGCCAGAUUCACAAAAAUGUCUUCAUACUGGCCAAUACAAUGUAUUCUUGAACUUUAGAGGAGCUGAUACUCGUCAUAACUUCACCUAUCAACUCUAUGCCAACCUCCGAAGAGCUAGAGUUUCUGUUUUCAAAGACGACACUGAGCUUCGCAUUGGUGAGGACUUUGGCUCACAGAUUCUAAAUGCAAUCUCACGGUCAACAAUCUACAUUAUAGUAUUGUCUCCAAACUACGCUUCCAGUAAGUGGUGCCUCCACGAGCUCAACAAAAUGAUGGAAUGCGGGGUUAGCAUGCGACACAGGGCCCUUCCCAUCUUUCAUAAUGUAGAACCCAGGGAAGUGCGAAACCCGCGAAGAGAAUUCCGGUAUGCGUUAGACAAACACGAGAUGCGCGGUGGCGAGAGUGCCACUAGGGAAGCCAAGAGUGCGCUUCGUGAGGUUAGCUGCCUUGCCGGAUGGGAAGGUAUCCGUAUCAGCGAUGAUGAACUAAUCCCACUUGUUGUUCAAGAAGUUUUGAUUGCGUUGCGGCGUGACUUUAAACUAGAUGUGCCCGAGAACUUGUUUUGAGAAAAGCAUGUUAAAGAGCGGAUGUCUCCACUUUAACGUUUAUCUCAGCUUUAAUUAGUGGUGAAAGGAUAGUGCAAAAAAGGAUUCCUAAAAAGAGAAGGUACAAAAUUCUGAUGUUCUCCUAUGAAGAGUUCUCUAGUGGUUCAGCCAGUGGCAAAAUCUUCAAGCGACGUGCCUGCUGGAGUCGAGUUGAGAGGAUCUGGGAAUGCGGGGUGCGUUUGAGUUGUUUUGUGGAGCCAAAAGCUGGAGAGUUGGUCUCAUGGAGCAAGUAGUGUUAAAUUUCUAAUCAAUUUUGUGCAGGAUAAGUUGAUCUCGUGAUAUUGGUAUUCUUGUAUUUCGUUUACCAUGACUGCAAAUCUUUUUGCAGAGAUUUAAGUCUACAUUAAUCACUGCACGUUCAUCGGAAACAUCAGAAAAUUAAUGUGGUUUUGUCCAUUCCAAUCUGGCAAUGCCUCAAUAAAAUGCUUUUCCUCGAGCUUCCAA